UCUGUUGCAAUCGUGUUUUCCCAUCAUCAUGCUCCGCGUGUUAUAAGAGAUCCUGAAGCAGGAAGCGCAGGUGACUCUGUUCUCUGGACAGCAUGGAGACAUCAGUGGACCAUACGAACAACCACAUCUCAUACACCCAAAGCAACCCGCUGUUUGACAUGUCCCUCAGCAGGAGUGACCUCUACAGCUUCCAGCCUGACGAUCUGAAGCCUGCGAGGCCCAGAAGACAGUGGUGCUUUAAUGUGGUCGUUGUUUACCUCAUCCUGCAGACCGCCCUUAAUGCCUUUCUCAUUUACAAAGUUUUCAGGUUGGAGUCUUCUCUGUCUAACCCCAAGACACAGAUGCUGACGUCCAAUCACAUUCCUCUGGGUGGCGAUGGCGAUGAAAACCUCCAAACUCUCCUCUAUAACAACAGUCAAGAAACCAAAACCCUAAGGGGCCACCUGUGGGCCCUGGAGAGCCAGGUGAAGACCAUGUGUGGAGAUGAGGGUCAGCUGACCAGACUGAGGUCUGACCUGAACCUGCUCAACACCAGCACCCACAAUCUGGAGGGCAAACUGACAACCAUCAGCCUCAAACCAGGACCUCCUGGUCCUCCGGGCAGGGACGGGCCGUCGGGACAUCCGGGGGAGAAGGGUGUGAAAGGUGACAGUGGUGUUGCCGGCCCUCCAGGACCAAAGGGUGACACGGGACUCAAGGGACAACUCGGAGAGACGGGAGUUCCCGGUCCCCGGGGUCCACCUGGGCCCUCAGGAGAGCCAGGAAGUCAAGGGCCAGGUGCAAAGGGAGAUAAAGGAGAACCCGGAGCCCAGGGCCCUCAGGGAAGCAAAGGUGACCCGGGGACCCCUGGUGGAAAAGGAUCUGCUGGACUUCCUGGUAUUCCUGGGAUGGAAGGAAGUAAAGGAGAGCCUGGAAAUCUUGGUCCACCGGGACCUCCAGGAGCUCGUGGACUUCCUGGUUUCAAUGGAACUAGAGGUCCUCCUGGACCAGCAGGUGCUAAAGGAGACCAGGGAGCCCAGGAGGUGAAGGUGCGUCUGGUGCCGGGCAGAACCCGAGGGCGGGUGGAGGUGAAGCACAACGGGGUGUGGGGCACCGUGUGCGACGACAGCUUCGACACUGUGGAUGGCAAAGUGAUCUGUAAGAUGCUGGGCUUCAACACCGCGACUGCCACCUUCACCGCCAGCCCGGGGUCUGGAAAGAUCUGGCUGGACGAGCUGCGAUGCUUAGGAACAGAGUACGAAAUCUUUGACUGCCCACACGCCGGACUCGGCGUGAACAACUGCCAACACAGCGAGGAUGCCGGCGUGCAGUGUGCUUAGACUCAAACAGGAAGCGGACGUUGUGAGGUGUGAUGAGCGUGCAGCGAUACGUUGACUGGCAGCCUCGUCUCACUGGGGGUGGAAGCAGAGAACAGCGCUGCUGCUAAUGAUGUUCACAGCUGGAUCUUAUUAUAUAUUCAUACAACACAGCUUCUAAAAUUGCGUUCAGCCAAGUUUCAUUUUUUACUCAACACAUUAGCUUCAAUGAAUGAAUGAAUGAAUAUAUGAAUGUAAACAAAAGAUGAUGCUAAUAAAGCGUAAACUCCUCCGGCGUCUGCUCUGCACUCUGUCGGUUAAUCGCGUUUCCCGGAGGAGGCCGAGCUGCAGCCACGUGUUCGCCGCCGCCUUCCGUCUGUCGCGACAUCACCAGGCAGAGGUCAGCGGAGGUGAAGGGGUCAGGACGGGAGUCGAGCUGAGGUUGUGGUCCUUUCUGUGUCCAUUUCACACCAAGAGACAUCACAGCUGAGCAGCGUUUCAGUGAGAAAUACGUCACAUUUAUACGUUUUAUGAUCUUUCAUAUUACCUCCUUUUUUUUCUGCAUCCUGAUACAAAAUCAUCACAAUUUAUCUGCUUCCUUCAUUUAAUCAUCACUUAAUCUGACUGAGAUUAAAAUCUGUUUUUUAAGAGUGACGUGAUGAAGAUGAUGAUGUUGAUGAUGAUGAUGAUGUGACGCGACGCUUAAACCUCUCCAGAUGUUAAAAUAGAGGUUUGUGAAGCUACAAAAAGCUCAGAAAGUGGCCUCACGUCAGAACAACUGGUUUCCUGGUUGGGGGCUCACAGUCAGACAGUCCUGGCUCACCUGCUGCCACAGGUGUUUCCACCCAGCUGUCAGUCCACCCACAUGUUAACAACUGAGACCUCAGAACACUCACUGAAGUGUUUUGGAUCUUUUCUCCGUCUGCUUACCUGUGCUCAGGUGUCAGACCGUCACCUGCUUCAGUCCUGUCUGUCUGAGCCCCUCAGUCCACUGGAUCUGGACCCUCUUCUGUUCAUUCUCAGUCAUGUGUCCAGUUUGUGUGUGAAUCAUCUGUUGCACAUUGUUUGAAUGACUUAUUAAAACCACUUUUUGCUGAA